CUUCUUCCUCCUCUUCGCCUCACCAUCAUCCUGUUGCUGCCAAGGAACGCUCGAGCACGAACGCGGACAAAAAAAAACCAAUGGAUAGCGAUAACAAGACAGAUGUCUACAUAAAACUAGACCCAACCAUGAAGCAGGACAUCUUCUGCUAUCGGGCCAUGAUGACGAACUCCGCAGGAGUGUGGGCUUGGAAACAACCCUCUCGAGUUCUCCUUCCCCAUUCUCCUCUAUCAGCUCAUCCUCGUCUUCAUCACCACUCGUGCCGUCCACGCCAUCCUCCAACGUCUCUCUCAGCCCAAAGUCAUCUCUCAGAUUGUUGCUGGAAUGCUCUUGGGCCCAACAUUCAUCGGUCGCAGCAUGGGCUUUGAAAAACUCCUCUUCUCAAUGAACAGCUGGGAGCACGUAAACACCCUCUCCCUCCUCUCCUUCAUGCUCUUCAUCUUCAUGAUCGGCGUCAAGACUGACCUGGACAUGAUCCGAAAAACCGGAAAAAAAGCAAUCGCCGUCGCCAUAGUCGGCACCUUCCUCUCCUUCUUCCUCGUCCUCUCCCUUGCCUACGCCUUCCGAUCCCACAUCCCACCUUCCUUCCGCAACAGAGUCCUCAUCUCUACCUUCGCAUACCGCUGGAGCAUGACAAGCUACACUGUUCUCACCUGCACGUUGACCGAGCUCAAUUUACUGACCUCGAAGCUUGGGAGGCUGGCGAUGUCAGCGUCGCUGAUUGCUGAUUUUGUGAACUUGACUGUCAGUGCGGGGUUCCAGUCGUACUUAAUUGGGUCGAAGCAGAAGGAUUUGUUGCUGUCGGGGAUGUCUUUCUUGGCUUUUCUGGGAUUUAUAGGGUUUAUUGUUUUUGUGGCGAGGCCGGUGACGGUUUGGAUUGUGAACAGGACACCCGAGGGGAGUUUGCUUGAUGAGCCUUCUUUGAUUGCGGUCAUUUUUUUGGCGCUUCUCUGUGGAGUUCUUAGUGAGGCCAUUGGGUUUCAUACGAACAUGGGUGCAUUCCUGUUCGGUCUAGUGAUACCCGGUGGAGAGCCACUGGGGGUGACGCUGGUGGAGCGACUAGAGCGGCUGGUGGAGGGGGUGUUUCUACCUAUGUACGUGGUGCAGUCUGGGCUCCGAGUUGACCUUGCGGGGCUCAAAUACAUAAUGGAGUGGGGGUUCAUUGAGUUCUUGGUGUUGGUUAGUAUUUUGGGCAAGUUCUUUGGUGUCUUGUUUGUUUGCCUCUACUGCAAGAUGUCUACUAGGGAUGCUUUCUCCCUUGCACUUAUCAUGACUAAUAAGGGUAUUCUUGAGGUCGAAAAUGCUGGUUUCUGGUUGGAUGCACAGAUGAUCACUCACCAAGCUUUCACCGUCUUGAUCCUCUCCGUCAUCAUCUUUGGCGGGGUCACCUCUCCCUUCAUCAAAUACAUCUACCGCCCUGAGGACCGCUUCAUCGCCUACAAGCGCCGUACAGUCCAGCACACAAAACCCAGCGCCGAGCUCCGCAUCCUGGCCUGCAUCUACCACCAAGAAAACGUCAACUCCAUCCUCUCCCUCCUCGAAUCCACCCACCCCUCCUCCUCCUCUCCCAUCUGCAUUUACGUCCUCCACCUCACCAACCUUGUAGGCCGUGCUGCCGCCAUCCUCGCCCCUUACAAACGCAACAAGAGCUCCAACCUCAUCACCGAGACCGACCACAUCGUUAACGCCUUCAACUACUUCUCCCAGCAAAACCCCAACAACUCUGUCACCAUCCUCCCCUUCGUCUGCCUCUCCCCUUACUCCACAAUGCACGACGAUGUCUGCUCCCUCGCACUCGACAAGAAAGCCGCUCUCGUCCUCCUCCCUUUCCACAAGCACCUUGCUAUUGACGGGACCAUCGAGUCCAUCAAUCCUAACAUCCAGAACGUCAAUGUCAACGUUCUCCACUAUGCCCCGUGCUCGGUAGGAGUCCUUGCCACUUUAAGCACGGCGACGAUGAGCCGUGUAGCGGUGUACUUCUUCGGUGGGCCUGAUGACAGGGAGGCCUUGGCAUACGGGAUGAGGAUAGCGGAGAACGAUACAGUUGGGCUGACGCUGGUGAGGUUCCGGCCGCCGAAGGAGUUGAGAGAUAGCGGGAUGGAGAUGAAGCUCGACGAUGCAAUUGUGGAUGAGUUUAGGAGAAGAAUGGUGGAUGACAACCGGGUGGUUUAUAGGGAGGAGGUGGUGAUCGACGGGGAGGGGACAGUGGGGGUGAUACGGGCGAUGAGUAGUCAGUUUAGUUUGCUGAUAGUCGGGCGGAGGGAGGGGAAGGAGUCGAGGUUGACGGAGGGGUUGUCAGCGUGGAACGAGUAUCCCGAGCUCGGGGUCGUUGGGGAUUUGCUGGCAUCCACAGAUUUCGGAGGGAGGGUGUCAACGCUGGUGGUGCAGCAGCAGACAAGGUUUGGUGCUGGUGGAAAAGGGCAGACGGCCGGGAGGCAAAAGGUGCAUCAUCAACGUCAAGUUGCGCCUGCCGAGUUUGAUGAAGAGUGACACAAAAUUAUAGCCUACUGUGUAAGUUGUGUACUAUAAGAUGUAAGAUCCAAUAUUUAGGGUCCUUACUUGCUGUUAUAUGGGGUGAAAUUUAGUCCUAUAUUGGAGAACAUUUAGAUAGACAAAUUGUUAAAUAUGCAUCAAAGCAGAUUAAUUAGCUUAAUGCGAGUUGGUUCGUGGGACUCCACACUCGCAGAAAGUAGUGUUAGAGCUCAUGCUUGUUGAGUUUGUAUGGGGUUUUUCCUCAUUUUUUAAGAACUCUUUUAGGGGCUG